AUGGUGAACGUUUCCUGUCCCACCCUCGAAAAUGGGUACCUAUACGCGUUGACAUACGCUGGAGUCCCCGUACCUGCAGAAAACGUUGAACUCGUAUUUGCCAGCGCACAUACAGAAAACAAGAUCCCCGUUCUUGCCAGCACAUAUACAGGAAAAAAGGUCGCCGUCCUUGCCAGCACACAUACAGGAAGCAAGGUCCCCGUCCUUGCCAGCACAUAUACAGAAAACGUGGACCCCGUUCUUGCCAGCACAAAUACAGAAAACAAGGACCCCGUUCUUGCCAGCACCUAUACAGAAAACAAGGUCCCCGUUCUUGCCAGCACAUAUACAGAAAACGUGGACCCCGUCCUUGCCAGCAUAUAUACAGGAAACGUGGACCCCGUCCUUGCCAGCACACAUACAGAAAACGUGGACCCCGUCCUUGCCAGCACAUAUACAGGAAACGAGGACCCCGUCCUUGCCAGCACCUAUACAGAAAACAAGGUCCCCGUCCUUGCCAGCACACACACAGGAAACGUGGACCCCGUUCUUGCCAGCACACUAACAGAAAACGUGGACCCCGUCCUUGCCAGCAUAUAUACAGGAAACGUGGACCCCGUCCUUGCCAGCACCUAUACAGAAAACAAGGUCCCCGUUCUUGCCAGCACAAAUACAGAAAACGUGGACCCCGUCCUUGCCAGCACAUAUACAGGAAACGUGGACCCCGUCCUUGCCAGCACAUAUACAGAAAACAAGGUCCCCGUCCUUGCCAGCACACACACAGGAAACGUGGACCCCGUUCUUGCCAGCACAUAUACAGAAAACGUGGACCCCGUCCUUGCCAGCACACUUACAGGAAACGUGGACCCCGUCCUUGCUAGCGCCUAUACAGAAAACAAGGUCCCCGUCCUUGCCAGCACAUAUACAGAAAACAAGGUCCCCGUUCUUGCCAGCACAUAG